GCCACCGUUCCUGCGGCAGAAGAAGUGCUAGAAUGUGCGCGCGCACUACACGCAUCCGUAAUGUGUAAUGUUUUCGUGUGGCCGCACCGCAAAUUAUGUAAUGACCGCUUUUCUGGGGUGGUGCGAAAAGGUUUCGAAUGUCAAGCGCCAUCGUUCGAGAUACCUCGCCCAAUGUGUGGACAUGGCAAAUCUGUAUCAAGCGCCAUGCUAAGCGCGCCACUGACCCACUUAAAUGAGUGUGUUUAGAGCAACGUUCGAAAAGAGAGUGGGGGGUGAUGGUGGCGGUCGCCGGCCCCGUUCGGCCGUGUGUUGCACAACAUACGCGGCGGCAUCACCGCGGUUGCCGAAAUCUCCGAAACCGAAGAUGACGAAGUCGCUCACCGGCCACCUUUCGCUUUUCAAAACAUCACUGCGACAGCGGUGAUGGUGGGAACGGUCUGUUUUUGUCGGGCGGUCGAACAGCACCACCACCCAACAACGUCCAUCGAGUGUGUUUACCAAAUGCAUGCAACAUUGCACCAACCAAAACCCACCCCAGAAUGGUUCGCCCUAAAACUGAACCAAACGGGCAGAAGGCAACACUUCCUUGUGCGAUCGGAUCCGAGCAGGCGGACAAAGACCGAAAGUGUGUGCACACGCACAAAAGAAAUUGCAUUUGCAAAGGCCCUCGGGCACACGCGAUGCAUAGUAGCUGUAGUGGCUGGUGGCGAAACAAAGCGCGCAACAAAUAGUGCGAAAUGGAGUAAAGACAUCGCAGCAGGCGAGGCAGCAACGCAUGCAAUCCCGCACCGAGACCCGCGUUCAAGGUCGACCCCCCGCCCUCUCGGUUGUGUGGUGCAGAGGGGGCACUUGUGCACUUGUUUUUUCAUUCCCUUUUUCAUUACCACGCGGUCGUCGUCGUCGUCGUCGUCGUGGUCGUGGCUGCUGUUACGCUCUAACGCUGUGUGGUAUUUGGCUGCUGCUGCUUCUCCACGAUCAAUCUGGCUGAACAAAGCACGCGUCCACAACAUCGACGUCCUGGAGAAUGCGCUCGAGAACCGGCCGAAAGGGAAGUCGCUGCUGACCGUCUCCAAUCAUCACUCGUGCUUCGAUGAUCCAGGCAUAUGGGGACUACUAGACAGGCGGUUGCUAAAGCUGCGCAACGUUUGCAACAAAAACGUCAUCCGAUGGUCAAUGGCGGCGCACGACAUUUGCUUCACCUGCAAGGCGCACUCGCUGUUCUUCAUGUACGGGAAGUGCAUACCGGUGGUGCGGGGCGGCGGCGUGUACCAGCCGGCGGUGGAUCUGUGCAUCGAGAAGCUGAAGCUUGGCGACUGGGUGCAUGUGUUUCCCGAGGGGAAAGUUAACAUGACUAAAGAGGAUCUCAGGUUCAAGUGGGGCGUCGGGCGAAUAAUUUACGAAGCACCCGACCUGCCCAUCAUUAUCCCGAUCUGGCACAUCGGCAUGGACGACGUGCUGCCGAACGAACCGCCUUACUACCUCCGGAUGGGCAAGAAGCUAACGUACAACUUCGGCAAUCCGAUCGACCUAAGCGCUCUUAUGGAACGGUUACGCUCGUCGCCGGUGAGCGAAGAGGAGGCGCGAAAGCAAAUUACCGACCGUAUCCAGGAGGAGAUGAUGAUACUUAAACAAGAAACCGAACGGCUGCACUCGGAGUACGUGAAAAGCUGAGCCCGAGCAGGGGCCGGCUAGCGCGGGUUGGACCAAACACUAAACAAGCGUCAACGGGAACGAGAUCGGCAAGCGUCUUCCACAGACCUUCAUGACCAAGACCUUACCCCUUUUUCACACACACCCACAGACACACGCACACCAGCGGCCGUUGCUUUACUACACCGUUUGAGUGUGUGUGGUGUGUGGUGUUGCUUAACUUUCAUCAAAACCUUUUAGAAUAAUUACCGAUAGAUUAGGCGUUACUACCGUUCGUUGUCCGGGGCGUUUCAGAUUCGGAGAUUCAGAGUUAAAGUGCAUUUUAGCGUUACUGAUGUGAGCCUGCAGCGGGUACGGAACGCCUGCGGAGCUAUUGCGUGUAGAACUCGUUGCCCGGAAAUCUAGUCAAAUAGAACACCAGAAGAUGCUAUCCUACCAAUAUUUCGUUCAGCGGUACACACGAGGUCGCCACGUGAGGCAAGAGAAAGUUAGGAGGAGAGUAUAAGAGAAAGGGAGAGAGAGAUCAAGUGAAUCGGUUUCCGCGAUAAGAAAAGAUCUCGGCGUUAGAUUGACGUUAGGGGACGCCGCGACCCUUGACCUGACUAUGACGGUUGUGUUGCCGCGUACACGCGUGCUUCGAGAUACGAGCGAGGCACUGAGGUGUAAAACCCGUCCACCUCGUCCAUAUUGAGUAUUUUCCAUUCUUAGUUUUUAACACACAUGCACACACACACACUAGCUUUCGAUUACAGCGAUAAGAGUUUGCAAACUACGACCUACGAUGACGACGUUACGGAGCCCGUCCGUUGUGUAGUAGUGCGCAAGCAUGCUUACGUUUAGCGCGAACGGUUCCGCGGUUUUUGACACGCUCCUUAAGGAAUAAAUACGGAAAUGGAUUAAAAAAAGAA